GGUCAUUGCGCAAGUUUACCGCUGCUGCUGGGAUCAUCCCCAGCGCUCACCCUUGUAUCAUGCGAUUGGCGCACUUCCUGAAGCCUCAGAGGCUGCAGCGGGUGGCGGCUCUUGCCAGCUGUCUGAUCCCGGGAGGGCGAGGAAAACUGCUGUGCCAGCACAUACCCUCAGAUGCCAUAUCUGUCCCCUGCAGGCAGCUCAGCUCAAUGCCAGCCACCAUGGAAGUCGUUCUGAGCAAGUCUGUGCCCCCUCUGCCACCCUAUGAGACUAAAGAGAAAAGCCCCCCACCCCCUGAGCUGCAGAGCUUGCACUUCAUGCAUUACUACAGGUCCCUGGAGAAGGGGCAGAGGGUGGCACUGCUGGGGCAGCUGGCUGCAGACUAUGGGGUGGAUCAUGGCCAGGUGGCAGAGCUCAGCAGUAAGUUGGUGCAGGCCCAGCAGAAGAGGGACCUGGGCACUGUCAUGCAGGUGGAGGACCGGCUCAGGUACUACCUCACCCCCCAGUACAAGGUGCUCUUCAGCCAUCUUAGCAGGAUGGAAGGAGGCAUGAAGUUUCUGGUGGACCUCAGGUCUGACAUAGUGGAGGGAGUGACGUCUAAGGUGGCGGAUGCUCCGCAUCUUCGGGAGAUGAAUGGGAUCCUGAAGAGCAUGCUGUCCGAGUGGUUCUCCAUAGGCUUCCUUAACCUGGAGAGAAUAACCUGGCAGUCGCCCUGUGAGGUCCUGCAGAAGAUUAGCGAGUAUGAGGCCGUGCAUCCUGUCAGGAACUGGACAGACAUGAAGCGCAGAGUCGGCCCUUACAGGAGAUGCUUCACCUUCACCCAUAACGCAAUGCCCGGGGAGCCCCUUAUCGUCUUACAUGUGGCACUGAUGCAGAGCAUUUUGGGUAAUAUUCAGGCGAUCGUGAAAGAGAUCCCUCCGUCCGAGGUCGAAGACGGAAAUAAGAUCAAGUCGGCCAUCUUCUACUCCAUUAGCUCCACGCAGCAAGGUCUUCAGGGCGUGGAGCUGGGCAACUAUCUCAUCAAGAGGGUAGUGAAGGAAUUGCAGGGUGAGUUUUGCCAAAUCUCCGAGUUCUCCAGUUUGUCGCCGAUCCCUGGAUUUACAAAGUGGCUCCUUGGUGCGUUCAACUCACAAAUAAAAGAUAUGGGGAGGACUGAGCUCUUUUUGGAAUCUGAGUGCAAGGAGAUAUCGGACAUCACAGAGGCACCGGCCGUUGAGACCCUGAAGCGUCUCUUCACCAGCAAUGAGUGGAUGAAGUGUGAAAGACUGGUCAAGGCUCUGGAGGCCCCGUUGAUGAGGCUUUGCGCUUGGUACUUGUACGGAGAGAAGCUUCGGGGUUUCGCCUUAAACCCGGUGGCCAACUUCCACUUGCAGAACGGGGCUGUCAUGUGGAGACUGAACUGGAUGGCUGAUACAAGUCCACGGGGAGCUGCAUCCUCCUGUGGGAUGAUGGUCAACUACCGCUACUUCCUGGAGAACACCUCCGUCAACAGUGUUAGAUACCUCCGGGUGAAGCAUAUCGAGGCCUCCGAACAAGUUCUCAACUUGGUUUCCCAAUUCAGACAAAAUAGCAAAUUGUAAAUCGUAAUGAGCCCGCAGGUCCUGGCUCCUCGCCUCUGCUGCCUGGACUGUAGGGCCUGCACGAUGCCUACUCACCAGACAGUAGAUGACCAUUGACUUGCUAUCUUGCCAAAUGAUGAUCAUCGUUAACCGUGGGCCUUGGCCGAUGAACCGGAGACUCGCCAGGUUUUGAUUUCACUUGCAUACUGUUUCUGAUUUCAAUCUAGUAACUUUUUUUUUUUUUUUCAAUGUAAUUUAUGUAAUUUUCGGGACAGCCCUUAAAGGGACUGUCCAGUAUUAUUAUUAUUUUUAAUCCUGUACAGUUUUCGUCGUUGACGCUAAAAUGGUCAAAGUGAAGGAAUUUGUGUCUUGUAAGCGUGGUAAUGUAAAUUUCAUUAAAGGGGUUGUACAGGAUUAGACAAAAAAAACUGCCCCACACCAUUCCACGAGUUGUUUCUGGUAUAGCAGUUCAGUACCAUUGAAAUUAAUGGGGCUGAGCUGCAGUACCUGACACAGCCUGUGGACAGCUGUGGUGCUAUUGUAGUUUUUUUGGAAUCCUGGAGAAUCCCAGUAAUGUA